UUCUUAUCCUCCUUUAACUAUUUUAAAUGAAAAUUUAUAGAAAUUUAAAGAAAUAGCAUCACAAUUUGAUAGUAAAGAAAUAUUAUCUUUGACACAUAUAUCUUUAGAUAUAUUCAAUAUGUUAAAAAUAAUAAUUCAAUUUUCAUAAAACAGUAAGAAAUUAAAUUAAGAAUAAAUAAAAGAAAUACAGAACUUAAUAUAAUAAAAAACUAUAUCUUUUUCAAAAUUUAGUAUAGAAUAUAAUUAUCAUUCAAAAAUGAUAUAAGAUGGUAUAAAUUCAAUAUUCUGGGUUUUUUCAGAAAUGCCAAAAUUAUCUGUUUAAGGAUGUGUUGAAUCUGCUGAAUUUAACGGAUUAAAAUUAAAAUAAUAAAAAAAUCCAUAACUUAGUGAAUGGACUACUUAUUUUAUUAAUGCAGUUAAAUCUUAAAUAUGUAAUUUUUAUUUAAGUUUUUUUUAAUUUAAAUAUUGCAAAAAAUAGAAUACAUAUAGGAUAAUUUUUCCUCAGGUUUAUUAUGGAAUAUUUAAGGUUAAGCUUAAUUUUAAACUUUAAUGUAAGCAUUAAAAGGAGAAAUUCAAUUAGAAUAAAAUCAAUAAUUAUAAAAUCCUUAAUAAUCAUAAUUUUAAUAAAAUACACUUUAAUAAUAAAAUAAUUAAGAUAAUUGUAUUCCUGAAAUGAAUGAAUUUCAUAAAAAUUUAGAAGCUUUUAUAUAAGCAGGAAAAUAACUAGAACCUGAAUUACAAGAACUUACUAAUUUAAUAAAUAAAGCUUUCUAAGGAAUGAAAAUAGUACUUCAUUAUUCAAAAAAAUUAAAAAAAGUUCCGAAUAAAUAACAGAACUUUAAAAAUUAUUCCAAGAAUAUAUUUUUAAACCUUUAAAUAAAGCAAAAGCAGCAAUUAAUUUUGGAGAUCAUUUCAAAACAGUUUGUUAAGGAAUAAAUUCUAUAUGUUGGAUUUUUAGUGAUAUUCCAAUUUAAUCUAUUGAUGUUGCUAUUGAAUCAUCUGAAUUUUAUGGUAAUAAAGUUUUAUUGCAAAAAAAACCGGAAUAUACUGUUUGGUAUAAUACUUUUAAAUAAACUCUUAAAGCAUUAAUUCCUUAUGUAAAAUAACAUUAUUCAACUGGAAUUAUUUGGAAUUUCAAAGGUUCUUCUGAUUAUAAUGAAUUAUAUUAAGUUUUAAAAGGAGAUAAGCCUUUUUCUACUUAAAAUAAUAAUUCUUUUUAAGUUUAAAAUAGUACUCAACCUAUAGAUAAUCAUCAUACACCUACUCCUAUGGGCGUUCUUCCUCCACCUCCUCCCUGCUUUGAAGCUAUAACUGGUGGUAUUAAAUUAGAUUUUUAAAAUCAAAAUACUAAUAAUAAUGAUUAAGAUUCGAGAGCUGCUCUGUUUGCAGCUUUAAAUGUAGGAGAAGAUGCUAUAAAAUAACAUUUAAGGCAUGUUAAAAAAGGAGAAAAAUAUGA